UGUGCACUCUGACAUAGUAAUGGAGGUUGUGUAUGUACUUUUGGUGAUGUCCGCUGUCUUGUGUAUAGUACACUCGCAAACACCUCUUGAUACGAAUGCAGAGAUCAUGAUCAUUUCACUAUCAGUAGCAUUGAUCGUCGUCACAACAGCCUUCUUGAUUCUCUUCAUUAGCCACUACACUUUCGUCAGAGCUCAGUUACAGAAAACAGGAUUGCCCCAAAAGCUUCAGACUCUUCCAGUUCCUGAGAAUAUGGAGUAUACACCCUACGAUGAUGUCACUAAUGAAAUGGAAUCCCAUAUUUACGAAGAGAUAGAACAGGUGGUUGCUGCCACUGGAAAGAAUUGUUAAGAUGCAGCAAGGUGUAGGGGAUGGAGGAGGAGGAGAAGGAAUAUUGAGAUCACCCUUAAGUUUAGAUAUGUGAAGAAUCACCACCCCAGCCUGCUCCACCUGAAGAAUCACCACCCCA